UGGGGAUGAGAUGAGGAUGUCCAAAGUCCCGAGGGCAGUCACCGAGGGCUGCUGUGCACAGAGAGCACUCUCGCACUCUCCUAACAACAUGGCUGGAAAAGGGGAACUUUUGAUGUUGGAGAACUUUAUAGGUGGGAAAUUUUUACCCUGUACCUCAUAUAUAGAUUCUUACGAUCCAUCAACAGGGGAAGUUUAUUGCAAAGUACCAAACAGUGGGAAAGAAGAGAUCGAAGCUGCUGUGGAGGCUGCCAGAGAGGCCUUCCCUGCCUGGUCAUCCCAGAGUCCCCAGGAACGUUCUCUCGUCCUGAACAGGCUGGCGGAUGUCCUGGAGCAGUCUCUGGAGGAGUUAGCCCAGGCAGAAUCUAAAGACCAAGGGAAAACCCUCACGCUGGCAAGAACCAUGGACAUUCCUCGGUCUGUCCUGAACUUCCGGUUCUUCGCUUCCUCCAUCCUGCACCACGUAUCGGAGUGCACACAGAUGAGCCACCUGGGCUGUAUGCACUACACCGUUCGCACCCCGGUGGGCAUUGCUGGCUUGAUCAGCCCUUGGAAUCUACCACUCUACCUGCUGACCUGGAAGAUAGCUCCGGCCAUCGCCGCUGGGAAUACCGUGAUAGCCAAGCCCAGUGAGCUGACUUCUGUGACUGCCUGGAUGUUUUGCAAACUCUUGGAUAAAGCAGGUGUCCCACCAGGUGUGAUCAAUAUUGUGUUUGGAACAGGGCCGAGGGUCGGUGAAGCCCUUGUGUCUCACCCCGAGGUACCCCUGAUCUCAUUCACUGGGAGCCAGCCCACAGCUGAACGAAUUACCCAGCUCAGUGCUCCCCACUGCAAGAAGCUCUCCCUGGAGCUGGGAGGCAAGAACCCCGCUAUCAUCUUUGAGGAUGCCAACCUGGAGGAGUGUAUCCCGGCAACCGUCAGGUCCAGCUUUGCUAACCAGGGGGAGAUCUGCCUUUGUACCAGCAGGAUCUUUGUCCAGAGGAGCAUCUACAGUGAAUUUCUGAAGAGGUUUGUGGAAGCUACCAGAAAGUGGAAAGUUGGUAUUCCUUCUGAUCCAUCAGCCAACAUGGGUGCUUUGAUAAGUAAAGCACAUCUGGAGAAAGUCAGAAGUUAUGUCUUGAAAGCUCAGACUGAGGGUGCACGGAUUCUCUGUGGUGAGGGUGUGGACCAGCUAAGCCUUCCACUCAGGAACCAGGCAGGCUACUUCAUGCUUCCCACAGUGAUAACAGACAUUAAGGAUGAGUCCCGCUGCAUGACGGAAGAGAUCUUUGGCCCAGUGACGUGUGUUGUUCCUUUUGAUACUGAAGAAGAAGUGAUUACAAGAGCUAACAGCGUCAGGUACGGGUUGGCAGCCACAGUGUGGUCCAAGGAUGUGGGGCGCAUCCACAGGGUAGCUAAGAAGCUUCAGUCAGGGCUGGUCUGGACCAACUGCUGGCUCAUCAGGGAGCUGAACCUGCCCUUCGGAGGGAUGAAGAGCUCUGGAAUAGGAAGAGAAGGAGCCAGGGACUCAUACGAGUUCUUCACUGAAAUAAAAACCAUCACCAUUAAACACUGACCUCUCCCCUCCGCCAUGGGGCAGCUGCUGUGGCUGACGCCUGCCAGCAGAGAAUCGCUCGCUCCUCAGUGUAGUCAACAGAGAUCCUAGGAUUCGUUCAGUCAUGUCGCUGCUUGCCAGGAGACCUGCUCUUGAUGACCAUUGCUAGUUGGUAUUUUUACCGGCUUCUAAAGGAAAAAGAAAAAAAGGCAGUUUUUAUGAAUUUUUGAAAAUCUGCCCAAAUCAGGUGUUUUUAUUUGCAAAUACCCAGCAAAAACAAAAAACAAAACAAAGGCCUGGGAGAUGGCUCAGUGGGUAACGUGCUUGCUGUAUGAGCACAAGAGCCUGAGCUCAGAUCCCAGCAUCAGUGCAAAAGACUGACCUGGUGGUAUAUAACACAACACACACACACACACACACACCCCACCACCACCACCACCACCACCACAACAACAACAACAAUAACAACAACAAGCCUGAAGAGAAACAACGCACCAUCAAUUUCUGCCUUGACAAAGCUUUGAAGAUGAACCUCUCAACCCCAUAGCCACUACCCAACUUUGACUGCUAAUUGGCUGAGCCCAUUCAUACCGGGAAGUGAUGGUUGUCUGAAGAGCUUGUGAGUGUCACGCUCGCUAGAUCUUACUAAAUAUGUCUGAUACGAGUAAGGGAAGAUAAGGUAGUUAUUGUUUUUUAGAGGUUAACUCGGGACACAAAACAGUAUGGUCUAUUUUCACUGUCGAGUCUAGUCAACUCUAAUUCUUCAAAGAAGCAAUAAAUUGUUCAGCAGUAUGG